AUGGCUGAUAUCGAAGAGAAAAAGGUUAUAAAAUCUCAGCAGGACCUUGUGGUAACAGAGUUUGACGACUCUCAAGACAACUCCUCUGAGAUUCCAGGUCAUGAAUAUAUUAUCGAUUAUGCUGAUGAAUAUAAUCCAUUGGGACUAGCUAUUGCUACCCCUGAAGAUAGAUCAAAGUAUAAACUUAUUACUACCAGACCUCCUUUGGUUUGUUACUUGAUUUUGAUGGUUGAGUUUGCUGAAAGAGGUUCUUAUUAUGGUGUGCAAGGUAUCCUUAAUAACUUUAUUAUGAGACCUCUCCCAGAUGGAUCUACGACCGGACGUGUCUAUGGAGAAAAUCAAAAUGCAGGUGCUUUAGGUAUGGGUAUUCCAGCCGCCAACGGUCUUACUAUGCUUUUGCAGUUUAUGGCUUAUGUGAUGCCUUUAUUCGGAGGUUAUAUGGCAGAUGCCAAGUUGGGCAAGUUCAGGGCCAUUAUGAUUGGUGUUUGGGUUGGUUUGCUUUCUCACAUUAUUUUCGUUAUCGCCGCCAUUCCUUCAGUCAUCGCUGAAGGUCACGCCGUGGUCGCAGUUAUCUUUGGUAUUCUAUCACUUGCUGUUGGUACCGGUUUCAUCAAGCCAAAUUUACUUCCUUUGCUUUUGGACCAAUAUCCUUAUAGAUGUGAUGUCUUACAAAAGACGGCAGAAGGAGAUGUCGUUUACGUUGACAGAGAUAGAUCUAUGGAGACUGUCACCAUGACAUUUUAUUGGUCUAUCAACAUUGGUGCCUUCUUGGAAAUCGCUACCUCUUAUGCUGCCAGGGAUGUCGGCUACUGGUUAGCCUUCUUAUGUCCAGGUAUCAUGUAUUUGAUUGUUUGUAUGGUUAUGGUUCUGGCUGGUCCAAAAUUAAAGAAGGAGUAUCCUCAAGGUUCUAUUUUGGGUAAGGUUGGUAAAGUUUUGCGUGUCUGUUUCCGUCCUGGCUUCAUUAAAAGAUUGUCACAUGGACAGUUUUGGAGUUUUGCCUAUCCUACCACUAUGGGUGCUCGUGGUGAGACCUACUAUUUGGAGAAAAGUAAAAAGCCAAUUACUUGGUGUGAGCAGGAUAUCCGUGAUUUCAAGACAACUUUCUUACAGUGUGUUAUGUUCCUUUACUGGAUUUUCUUCAACUUAAAUGAUACCGGUUUGGGUAGUUCUUUGAACGCUCAGGCUGGUGCCAUGACCACCAAAAACGUGCCUAACGAUCUAUUCAACAACUUUAACCAGAUCACCAUUGUGGUUCUCAUUCCUAUUUUGGACUACAUUGUGUAUCCUUUGCUUAUCAAGUACAACAUCAACUUUAAGGUUGUGUACAAGAUCUUUCUUGGUUUCAUGCUUGGAGCUUUGUCUUCGGCUGUUGGUGCAAUUCUUCAGUGGAGAGUGUACGAAACUUCUCCCUGCGGUUGGUAUGCUUCUGAUUGCGAUGAGAAGUCUCCUCUUACUGCCUGGUACGAUAUCAUUGUCUAUAUGUUGGCUGCAGCUGGUGAAUGUUUCUGUUACACUGAAGCUUACGAGUUGGCCUACACUAGAGCACCAGAAAAUUCAAAGGGUUUGGUGAUGGCUUUGUUCCUUUUAAUGAACGCCUUCUCUGCCGCUAUUUCCGAAGCUUGUAGUGCUGCUCUUAAUGAUCCAUAUUUGAUCUAUCCAUUUGCCGCUAUCGCUAUUGCCGGUGGUAUAGCUGCUUUCGCGUUCUUGGUACAGUACUGGAAUUUGGACAAGGUUAUGCUCAAAGAAUCUUUGGCCAAGGAGGCCUCCAGAAAGGAGGACCAGUCUGAGAAGAGAGAUUUGGUCAGUACCAGCAGUGCUUUACAGGCCGAGGUUGCAUCUUUAAUAUGA